CUAAAGAAACGUUGACGUUCUCUUAAAGCCAGUACACGUCCAGAGUGAGCUAUCCUAGGGCCGGGGAGGAGUAUAGUAAAGUGGCAGGCUUCUAGAUACUGCUGGUCAGUAGCCCCUCUCCAUAUUAAGAGCUUCCUCAGUCUGUGGUUCAUGACUGUUGCAGUCGGGGAUACGCACGCAUUAGCGCUCAUCAUGCCUGUUCGAGCUGAGUGCUGCAGCAGUGCGGCCCGUACAUCCUCGGCCUCUCUUAUCCCUCCUCCGCCGAUCAACACGCACCAGCCCGGGGUAGCUACUUCGCUGCUGUACAGCGGUUCACAGUUUCGAGGACAUCAGAAGAGCAAAGGAAACUCGUAUGAUGUUGAGGUCGUUUUGCAGCAUGUGACCAUGGAGGACUCUUAUCUGUGUGGUUACCUGAAGAUCAAAGGCCUAACCGAGGAGUAUCCCACUCUUACAACGUUCUUCGCAGGAGAGAUCAUCAGUAGAAAGAGGCCCUUUUUAACCAGGAAGUGGGACGCCGACGAAGAUGUGGACCGCAAGCACUGGGGUAAGUUUCAGGCUUUUUAUCAGUAUGCAAAGAGCUUCAACUUGGACGACUUUGAUUACGAAGAGCUGAAGAACAGUGACUUUGUCUUUAUGAGGUGGAAGGAGCAGUUCCUGGUCCCGGACCACACCAUUAAAGACAUCAGUGGGGCGUCCUUCGCUGGUUUCUACUAUAUCUGCUUCCAGAAGUCCACAGCCACCAUUGAAGGCUACUACUACCACAGAAGCUCUGAAUGGUACCAGUCGUUAAACCUCACCCAUGUCCAGGAACACAGUAUGCCCAUCUACGAGUUCCGGUGAUACCCGCCCGCUGGCAGAGGGGACUUUGAUUGGCACUGCCCUAGAGACUUGCUUAUGGAGGGGAGAUGAACUGACCAAUCAUGCCAAGGAUGUACCUAUCAGUAUUCCCUGGCGAAAGGGAGAGAACAAUGGAAGGAGGGAGGGAUAGACAAAGAACAAGGCCACCGACCGACAGUUUUUCCCAGCCUGCCUUUCUCAACUUUGCAUCAGCUGGGAUCAACAGCACUUUUUCUUUGGUUGUUUUCUCUUCCCCACUCUUUCUCCAUUCAGCUUCCUGUUUUCCUCUUUCCACCAUGUUGAAAACGCUUUCCACUUUUCAGUUGGGAAUCCCCCCCCCCCCCCCCCAGCCCCUCUGAAAAUGGGUGGGGGGUGCAGCAGUCUAAAAUUUAAGUACAAAGUUUGAUAUUGCAUUUUAAUUUGUCUCAAUGAAUUGAUGCCUGAUUGAGAUUGACUGAGCUACAGAGUGGGCAAGCAAUCCUGAAAAGAUGGAUCUCCAUAAGGUCUUGAGGUGUGACAUCAUCAAGGGUGUGCUCAACAGAAGAUCGAUGGUCAAUGAUCUGCCAUGAUGCAAGAUCUGACGGCUUGAUCGGAUGACGUCUUGGUGAAGGUUGAUAUUUGAAGGCAGGGCAUAAUCAGAUGUGUGUUGUGGGCUACUGAAACACAUACUACCACACCGAUGGCUACUUUAAAUCUGUCCUCUCUCUGAGAUGGUGGAGUCGACAUCAUCUGACCUAUAGAGGGAGUCCCCAUGCCCUAGUUCAUAUUGGCGGACAUAUUUCCAGGCUGCUGUUACUGCAGCUUUUUGAAAAGCCUCUCCUACCGUUCCCUGCCUCAACCAAGUGAACUGAUGAAGUGAUUUACGCUUCACUCAUUUUUCUAUGCAAUUUACAAAAACAUGUCUUAUCCGGCGCUUACCUACUUUCCAUUUUAUUUUCAGAAAGGACUUUUAAAAAGUAUUAUGAUGAUGUACGUGAGUGAUCACACGGCCACCAGAGUAUUUAUUGAAAAUGAAUAUUGUUGUUAAUUUACAUGUGUAUAGAUAUAUAUAUAAUAAAGAGUUUUUAUUCACCAGGCUUUUAAACUGAUUUGACACAGCUAUUUGAGGGUACUGCUCUGGUGUCUUGAGUUAUGUGUGGUGGCUCUGAAGUACUGGUGGAAGAGAGUGUGUAGUGCAGAUUGAGCUUGGGCUGCAUUUAGACAGAUCAGAAUUGGCCUGCCUGUUUCUCACUAAUUGCUAUUUGGACCAAUCAGAUCUUUUUCAGAGCUGAUCUGGUCAAAAGACAAAUUUAGUGAAAAAUAUCAGAAUUUGUCUGCCUGUCUAAACGCAGCCAAUGAGUUGUCUGCGUGGUGACGCUAAUGCUAGAGCGCUACAAAUCAAAGUGAGUGCAGUGGACUAAAUGCCAUGGGACAGAUGAGAGAGUGAGCUAGUAUGGAGUUUUGGCUGGAGGAGGAAAAGAUGAGGUAUAGAAAUACAAUGAUUAGAAUGGGCACAUGUAAGUAUUUCGUAAGACGUUGAUGACCAAACAAGAUAUGGAUUUUGUGUUGGUACUGUGCAGUAUGCUGCAUUUGGAUCUGACUCGACACAUGUACAGUAUUGCUGACAGUCAAUGAUUUUUAACGAGGUCGACCCAUUCUGUUCAUUUUAUUUCUACGUUUCUGAUGUAUUGAAUGUGGCAGGCAGCUAACUGAGCUGUCUCCUCUGCGUUCUUCACUUUGCCCCUAAUUAUACCAACGCACAACCGGUGUGUCUCUCCUGUAUCAUUCUGACGUCUUUUCCAUUCACAGAAUGAGAAAUAGUGGCGUUGUUACAAAACCUUGAUGACAUGUGAAGAGAUGUUUUCUUAGAGUAGAAAAUAAACUGACAAGAACAUCUCUAGUCAAAAGCUUUUGAAACACCUAAUGCCUUAACUGUAAUAAGUUUGUACAGAGCCCUGUUUUAUAACAACGUUGGAGUUGAGUCAUGACUGUGAAUUGUUAAAGCAUGUUUGUGUGAUUUCAGUUGGAGAGAAAUGCCACAUCAGCCCUCAAAAGACCUUUGAACGACAGUGAGUGUCCUGGGUCAUGUUCAUUAGACACCAAAUGGGAGAUAAAGACCGAAACGUGAAGGGACUACCUGGACUUGUUUUCAAUUUCUGUUCAUGUUUUAUAACAUUUCACUAUGGUGUGCCCUAAUGAAUAUGACCCUGAAUUAUGUGACAUCACAUGACCGGUGUCAACCAGGAAGUGAAACUACUUAGCCUACCUCAUUGGUCAGUUUAAUGUUGCUCGAGCCAGCAUAAAUAACAUUACUACACUAAAAAGCUGGUUUGGACAUAAAGAAUGGCAAAUUAAUAAGAUUUUAUAGAAAUAUGCUAUGUAAGAAUGUCCUCCAAAGACAUUUGAUAAUAAGUAUCCUUUCAAGACAUUGCUCUGCGGAAGUUGUUUCUUUUCACAAAUGACAUCUGAUUUUAAAAUGUGUUAGGAGUUGCUGUCUGGACUGUACUAUGAACUGACUUGGUUUGCUGUCUGGACUGCACUAUGAACUGACUUGGUUUGCUGUCUGGACUGCACUAUGAACUGACUUGGUUUGCUGUCUGUACUGUACUAUGAACUGACUUGGUUUGCUGUCUGGACUGCACUAUGAACUGACUUGGUUUGCUGUCUGGACUGCACUAUGAACUGACUUGGUUUGCUGUCUGGACUGCACUAUGAACUGACUUGGUUUGCUGUCUGGACUGCACUAUGAACUGACUUGGUUUGCUGUCUGUACUGUACUAUGAACUGACUUGGUUUGCUGUCUGGACUGCACUAUGAACUGACUUGGUUUGCUGUCUGGACUGCACUAUGAACUGACUUGGUUUGCUGUCUGGACUGUACUAUGAACUGACUUGGUUUGCUGUCUGGACUGCACUAUGAACUGACUUGUGUUUCCAUGUCCAUACGCCAGCUCCAUUCUCCAGGUAACAAAGAGUGUGACAUACAUUAUUUCCUUUGAUCAAGCUACAAGAAUGGACAAAAAAGCUAGUUGAAAUUGCAAAUUAAGCUUUGAUAAGUUAGUUGUGUCAGUUGAGUUCAAUUAAGUCAAUUGGAUUGUAUGAUACAGGAGGAAGAGUUGGUGUGUUGUUCACUAUGGUGGCUGUUUUUACUGGUGACUGACUGUCUGAAAUCAUGGCACUUCUACAGAGAGAUUUUAUGAGAAAGUUUAUGGAUGGAGGAAAUUGAAAGAAUGAGGUUCCAUCAACAUUGCAAUAAAACUAUUCCCAAGAAA